AUGUCCAUGGACGCGGUGGAGCGGCUGGCGGAGAAGCUGUGCGCCCAGCACCGCCUCGGUCUGGAGCCCGUGGGGAGCGGCUCCGAGGCGGAGGCCGAGUGGAGCGGAGACUGCCUUCUGUGCCAGGCUGACCAGGAGGAGGAGGAGCGCAGGGCGGACACGCUGAGAGCCAGGAGACAGCUCCAGCUCCAGGAAUCCCAGAGGACGGUUCAGGGAAGGAUACGGACCGGAGAGAGGGACUUGGAAGAGCUGCAGCAGAGCUUGGAGUCCCAGAAGGUUUGGUCCUCUGCUGUUCUAGAGGAGAGCGAUGCUCUGUUCGCUGAGAUCGCUCACCGCCUGGAAAAAACUAAAGCCGAGGUGGGAGCGUUGCUGGAGGCGAAGGGCCGAGCGGCGGUCAGCAGACUGGAGCGAGACAUCGCGCUUCUGGAGACGGACCUGGAGGAGCUGAGGAGGAGAGACGAGGAGAUCGGCCAGCUGUUGCGAACCGCAGACAACGUCCGGCUGACACAGGCGACCGCGCUGCUCUUCAUCCCCGUCGCCGCCAAUCGGCCCCCUGGGGCCUUCAGCCUGGCCCCGGAGGCCUUCAGCGACGCCAGGCGAGCGUUGAGCCGCCUCCGCAGCUGCAUCGAGGACGUCUGCAGGGAGGAGGUCGACAAGAUUGGCCGUGUGGGUAAUGAGAACUGUGUCCCCGUUAGAGAGCUUGUAAACGGUGGCCAGAGUUACGGAGUGGAGAACUCCAAACCUCAACGAUCCCAAUCCGUGGGGCAACAAAACAGCAGGGCCGUUCCAGUUUCGUUUCCUCUGUCCACAUUGUGCCUGCAACCACCUGAUCAGAGGAUGAGGGAGGCUUUACUCAGAUUUUCAUGUCGUCUCUCUCUGGACGCCAUCACAGCCCACCCCACUCUGGUUCUCCUGGAGGAGCCUCAGGGCGUCCACUGUGGCGAGAACACCCAGCCCUAUCCACCUCACCCACAUCGCUUUGAUUCAGUGACUCAGGUCCUGUGCAGGGAGGGCCAGUUUGGCCCUGCCAGCUACUGGGAGGUGGAGUGGCGGGGAAGAGGAUGGGUCGACAUUGGCGUCACGUCGCUAUCAAUCGGACGCAAAGGCGGCGGAAGGCCCUGCCUGCUCGGCCGUAACGAGAACUCCUGGCGGCUGCGGUGCACGCAUGCAGGCUACUCGGCGUGGCACGACAACCGCAAGACCACGGUGGCCGCCCCGUCCUGCUCACGGAUCGGGGUUCUGCUGGAGCGACAGAAAGGGACCUUGUCUUUCUACAGUGUUUCGGACACGGUGGUACUCCUCCACACCUUUCAGUGCCAGUUCUCCCAACCGCUGUACCCGGCUUUCCGCUUGGACCUGGACUCCACUCUGCUCAUCUGCCCACACCCGGAAGCUAAUGCUAAUGCUAGCAGGAUCUAAAGGUCAUUAUGUAACAGCGAUGAUCUGCCGCUCAAAAACCUGGAAGAAAUAUGGCCGAACUAAAUUAUUUUAAUUCAAUUGAAUGCCUGUUUCUGAUUUUAGCAUUUAAAAUCAGAAACCUGCUCGGAAGAAUCUUCUUAAAUAUAUUUAAAAUAUGUUUUAAAUAUAUAUCUAAAAAUAUAUAUUUUGUACAUACAUUUAACAUAUUAUUUUAUAUUUAAAUAUAUCUUUAAAAUCAGAAACAUCAUUAUUGUUUUCAUGUAAAAUGCAGCCAAAGAGUCGUAACUGCUGUUAACCAGUUGUAGAUGUUAGUGGAGCUAGUUGAGAGCAACUCACAGAACGCAAAUGAAAGAUUUGAGGAGAGAAUUUAACAAUUGAAAGACAAAGAAAAGGGCCAUAAUCCCAUUUUAGACUAAAUCGUAGAGAAAGCAGCAACAUGACACGUGGCAUUGUUUUUACAGUAUGUGAAAGCUGUAUUGACGAGAAGCAGCUGCAUGCGGAAACAAAUUUACCAAAGAGGAAGAGAAACACAAUGACUAACAGCAUUUCUUCCAAAGAAUGUGAAUAACCUGUUUUUCUUUCUGCCGUGUGCAGUUGAAUUUUAAAUAAACAGGUUGGUGUUGAAAACAUGAA